AGCCUGCAGGCGGGCGGGGCGGGGGCCCGCCGCGAGCUGGACCCGCGGAGGGCGCCGCGCCGGCGCCGGCCAUGUACGGCGGCCUCCUUGGCCACAAGCUCCCCGGCACCGCGCAGGACGCACUCCGCGCCGCGCCCUCGGAGGGCGUGCCCGGGGCGGAGCGGCCACAGGUCUCCGCCGGCUUCGAGCUGGUGGACGGCCGGUCGGUCUCGGAGGGCGCGCUGCUCGGCUGCUCCCCCGCGCGGGCGUGGGAGGAUGGCCCGCGGCACGCGCUGUCCUGGCAGCAGGUCCAGGAGGUGCAGCGGCUCGUCCGCGAGGAGGCGCAGGCGCAGGCGCAGGCCCUGGCGGCCCAGGCGCAGGAGCACGCGCGGGCGCUGGCGCGGGCGCCCCGUCACCCAUGCAGUUCAUCAUCAACAACCACUCUGAGGCCAAUGUGCAGCAGAGCGUUACGGCUCCGUCGCAACAGGCGCCGCCCGCCGCCGGGCCGGAGCCGGCGGAGACCCUCUCCUCCCUCCUCGCCUCGCCGAUGAACCGGUUCUGCCUCUUCUCGGUGCUCGGCCUGGGGCUGUACGUGCUGGGCGGAAGGCGGAGGCGGCGGAGGGCGAGGAGGUCCAGGAGAGCGAGGGGCACCUGCAGCACAAGUGGCGGCUCGCGGAGGUGCAGAGGCGGAUCGACGCGAACUUCCUCCUGCGCCUCUACCACAUGCUCGGUGGCGCCUCGCCGCGCUGACCCCCCCUGGUGCCGCGGCCAGGCCGCGCACGCGCGAGCGCGUCCGCCUUUGUCGCCCUCGAGCCUCGACGCCUCGACGGGGGGA